ACGGUCAGUCCAAUUUUGCACAGCUGUAAGAUCGGUCGUUGUUUCGAAGGUACUGAACGCUUCUGCCGGGAGGUGUGCACGUGAUUCGCGGUCGAAUAAUAUUCACGCGUAUCCCGCGGUUUUCCGAUACGUAUUCGGUGCGUUACGACGACGGUGCGUACAACAAUUAGAGGUGCGUUACGCUCGGUCACGGUGCUUCCAAUGGAAAAAUUCUUCAAAGCGAUCAGUCGCAAAAAACCGAACGACGAUGACGGUAGCCAUUCGAAGCUGGCUCGGGUCCUCACCCUGCUGGACCUGACGGGGCUUGGCGUUGGCAGCACGCUGGGUUUGGGGGCGUACGUUCUGGCCGGCUCGGUCGCCUACGAACAGGCCGGGCCUGGUGUGGUGGUAUCGUUUGUGAUAGCUGCACUGGCGGCGGCCAUUGCCGGACUUUGCUACGCAGAAUUUGCGGCUCGUGUCCCGAAGGCCGGAUCGGCCUACAUCUACACGUACAUCACGAUUGGAGAGUUUGCUGCGUUCACCAUCGGGUGGAAUCUGAUGUUGGAGUACAUCAUUGGAACUGCCAGUGUGGCUCGCGGAUUGAGCGGAUAUAUUGAUGCGCUCAUCGACUACCGGAUGGCGAAUACUCUACAGAGCAUCGUGGAAUUCCGAGUUAGUUUUCUAGGGAAAUACCCGGACCUAUUUUCAUUCUGCGUGGUACUAUCGAUUACCGCUCUUUUGGCAUACGGCGUUAAAGAAUCGACGGUCUUGAACAACAUCUUCACUGGAGUAAAUCUGAUAGUGAUCGUUGUUGUGCUGGUUUCCGUUGGAACUAAGGUGAAUCCAGACAAUUGGAACAUCAAACCGGAAGAUAUUCCCGAAGGAGUGAAAGCAGGUGUAGGAGGAUUUAUGCCAUACGGAGUUGCUGGAGUGAUGGCAGGAGCGGCCAAGUGCUUCUACGGAUACGUUGGAUUCGAUUGCAUCGCAACCACCGGGGAAGAGGCCCAGAAUCCUUCCAGGAACAUCCCAUUGGCGAUUAUAUUUUCGCUGUUGAUCAUUUUUCUGUCUUACUUUGGAGUGGCUACUGUUCUGACAAUGGCACUACCGUAUUACAAUCAAGAUCCAAUCGCUCCGUUCCCGAAUUUGUUCGACUGGUUAGGAUGGCAGGAGAUCAAGUGGAUCGUAUCAAUUGGGGCGAUCUUUUCACUGUGCACAAACUCUUUGGGAGCUAUGUUCCCUUUGCCGCGUGUCCUGUACGCCAUGUCAUCAGAUGGAAUUAUGUUCAAGAAGCUACGGACGGUGAAUCCGGUGACAAGGACGCCAAUUCUGGCAACGGUGAUUUCUGGAAUAUUGUCAGGAACUAUGGCUUUGUUGUUCGACCUGCACCAGCUGAUCGACAUGAUGUCCAUUGGCACGCUUUUGGCAUACACGAUCGUCGCCUUGAGUGUGUUGGUUUUGAGAUAUGACGAGAACACGAAUUUCCGGACCAGUGUUCCCAUCCAAGACAAGUCGGUGAUUGUGAAGCAGCUUUUCAAUUUGAACAUUGCCAAGACUCCAAACUCGCUCUCUUCAAAGAUCGUCAAAAUUAGUUUAUUACUGUAUGCGCUUGUCACCUGUAUCAUCAGUGCCAUUCUUGUCCAUGGACAAGACUACCUUACCGCGCAGUAUCCGCUGAACUUGAUGAUCUUAACCAUUCUCGCCAUGGCCAUUUUAGUUCUCUUUCUGGUCAUUGCGUGCCAACCCGCCGAGGAGUCGAAGCUCACCUUCAAAGUCCCACUGAUCCCAUUUGUACCGAUGCUGAGUGUCCUGGUCAACAUUUAUCUCAUGUUCCAGUUGGACAUCAACACGUGGAUCAGUUUCUCCAUUUGGUUGAUGGUUGGCUUUCUGAUUUAUUUCACCUACGGUAUUCGACAUUCGGCUCUGGGUCCAGGCAGUCAGACACUGUCUGAAAGUCAGCUGGAGAACCCGUUUGCCAUGAUCGGGCUCGAAAAAGUGUAGUUAUGUAAGAUCUAGUAUAAUGGUUAUUUCAAAUAAGAUUUGUUAGUCAAUGAGUUUCAUUCCGUGCUUAGGCUAGUAAAAGUUGCAAGAACAUGUGAAUAACGGUUUGUGAUCAGUAAUUGUAGACAUUAAAAUCAAGAGAUAAAUUAAAAUCAAUUAUGCACAUUAGCAUCUUUGCAUCAAGAACACUUGAUACGAAUAAAUCAGUCGUUUGACAUACCUCGGUCUCAUGAGAAUAAAC